AUGGAAGGACUUCAAGUCUGGAUUGGUGGGUUCAGGGAAUCACGAAAGAAAAUUAAGUUAUCUUAGAGUUAUUCUCGUGAGAACCCGCUCUAUAAAAGCCCUCCAUAGAUGAAGCUGUAGAACAAGGAAGAAGUUAACAUUAACACAGGAGCCCCAAGAAUGUACGUUUUGUUGACGGUUACUGUAUGUCUUUUUCACAGAGAAUUUAAGAAUCAAAGAAAUGCAUACAAAUGCCUGAACCCCGAUAAAUUUGAACUUGGUACUUGGGGAGGAAAAAUUCGAAAAAAAGGUAAUGCCAAGUGGAUUGCAGGUUAAAUAACAACGUGUUCUGGGUUCAUUUCCAACAGGUUAUGACAGUGACAACAGAAGAGGUUCAAACUUGCUUUGUGAAGGAAAACCUCUUUCCAAAACAUUUCCACACUUUUCUCAACGACUCACCAUAUAUUGUCUGCCCAGACUUGUCGGAAAAUUUGUUUUUAUUGAAUAUUCAGGCGCUAACAGAACACUGUCCUUAUGCGAGGUGCAGGUUUAUUCCGAGAGAGGGACAAGCAAUGGUAAGCAGCUGUCGUGACUACUUGUCUAAUUUGCACUUUCACUGAUAAGAGUUAUUUCAUUCUAUAUGGAGAAAGAUGUUAAUCGACUUGACACGAGCCUGAGACACAGCAAAACUCUGAUUUUCCCACAUGGCAUUGAUCUUCAUUCCAGCUAUUUCAAGCUGGUUCGUGGAAAUAGGGAAGGGUUUAGUACAAAUUUAAGUCGAACGUUCUUUUUGGGAAAGCGAAGCAUUUUACAACACGGCGAAAAACAUCCUUUUGACUCUUAUCUCAUCCCUUCUUAAUACAGUGGAGCUUUUUCCCAACAGCAAAAUUCGAGAGCGAGAUAAGAGAAGAAAGGUGACUGUCCUUAGUGGGGAUGCGGCCGUUGAUAAGGAUUCCAAUUUAUUAUGUUUCCCCUUAUCUGUUUUUUUCCUUUUGAAGCAUGUCAGACACAGGCAGUUAAUCUGGCCAACUCCAACAUACACUCGGACAAACGUUUUACAGCCUCAUCGUUUCUUGCGAACAAUGAACCAUAUAAAGCACGCCUCAGGAAUACCUUAGGAGCCUGGUUACCUAGCAGUAACAACAAUACUAACGAUUACCUGGAAGUUGAGCUUGGAGAUGUGUUCUUUAUUUGCGCUGUAGCUACUCAAGGACAUCCACGUCGAAAGCAGUGGACCAAAAGUUAUAAGCUGCAUUUGUUCCUAAGGAAUUGGAUCACCUAUAAAGAGAACAACUCGGAAAAGGUUUAAAAAAUAGUAAACUCGUUAUAGAGAUAUUCUAUAGUUGCCUGAGUAAGAUAGCCUCAAGUCUCCCAGUGGAGUGGUAAUAACGAAAAUUAUUUCUUUCGAUGUAUCAACUAGUGUACGGUUACAUUUUUUUAUAAUGAAAACUGUUUUUAUAAGUGACCCAAAGGUGAUAUCAGCUCAUUCUCAAUUGGAUCAAGUUUGUAAGUUGUCUUACCCUCAACGAACAAGAAUCAAAUCAGAUUUGCAGUAGGUUAUGGUAGAGAGAGAGAGAGCUAAAUUUUGAUAUGAUUCAAUGAAUCUUUGAUCCUAUUUCGAGAAGGAAAACUGAGUUUCAGUUAAUUUCUAAUUAAAUUUUGCCAUAGAUUUUCAGCGGCAACUGGGGCGGCCAGAAUGAAAUAGUGAAACAUGUUCUGGUAGAAGUGACGAGGGCUCGGAUCGUUCGGUUCCAGCCAGUUGACUACCGUUUACACAAAGCUCUAAGAGUGGAAGUGUAUGGAACAAAAACACCUGCA